GUCCUUACCCUAUGUGUCUCAUGCUCUCGUUCCCCCGAGACUUCCUCUACCUUCUCAUUCUUCCGAGUUCCCCGUUUCAUCCGGUUCCCUCUUUUGGUUACGUUUGUCUCUCAUGACUGUUUAUUUUUGUAGUUACCCCUCUGUUUAAAUAAAAACCCUUACCUGCAUUUGGAUCUACCCUCUCUUUGUGUUUUCCCAAACCCAACCGUGACAGAAGGACUCCAUCAUGCCUAGAUCCAGCGGUGUGAGAUUUCGAAUCGGUUCCCCAGCCACCAUGGAGGAACGGAGGGGGAGAUUCCGGAACUUAACCACCCUUCAUCAAGAGGGAAGGGAGGUGGGUGGCCUGGCGCAAUUGUUUUGGACUUUGGCAGUCGGGUUAGGUUACAAUGAUGCAGCACUAAAGGAUUGGUUUAAUAAUUGCCUGGAUGAUCCUUUACCUCAAUGGGAGAUGAAGGGGUUAGAGAUCCUGGACUUUUGGGGGUUUACCAAUUACCUGCACCAUCGUGCUCAGUGGAAUGCAACAACCACACCAGAGUUUCCAGACAAGGCUGCCAGCUCAGCCCCACAACCCAAGAUGGCCACCAGCCCAGCCCCACAGCCCAAGAUGGCCGCCAGCCUAGCGCCACAGCUCAAGAUGGCCGCCAGCCCAGCACCACAGCACAAGAUGGCCGACUCAACGCCACCGACUCUCCAUCGUAGAGGGCGGAGGAGGAGACAGGCAGCUACUGUUCCUCAGGACCCGGAGAACGUUCCCGAGCGGGCGGCUGCCGUCCAUGAGGCCAUUCCCGAUGCGGUGCCCGCUGCUGUUCCGGAGGCGGUGGCCGAGGCCAUUCCCGAUGCGGUGCCCGCUGCUGUUCCGGAGGCGGUGGCCGAGGCUGUUCCCGAUGCGGUGCCCGCUGCUGUUCCGGAGGCCGAGGCGGUGGCCGAGACCGUUCCCGAUGCGGUGCCCGCUAAUGUUCCGGAGGCCGAGGCGGUGCCCGAUGCAGUCUCCGAGGCGGUGCCCGAUGCAGUCUCCGAGGCGGUGCCCGAUGCAGUUCCCGAGGCGGUGCCCGAUGCUGUUUCCGAGGCCGAGGCUGUUCCCGAGAAGGUGCUCGAUGCUGUUCGAGAGGCCGAGGCAAUGCCCGAUGCUGUUCCCGAUGUGGUGCCCGCUGCGGUUCUGGAGGCCGAGGCGGUACCCGCUGCUGUUCCGGAGGCCGAGGCGGUGGCCGAGGCCGUUCCCGAUGCGGUUCCCGUUGCUGUUCUGGAGGCCGAGGCGGUGCCCGCUGCUGUUCCGGAGGCCGAGGCGGUGACCGAAGCCGUUCCCGAUGCGGUUCCCGUUGCUGUUCCGGAGGCCGGGGCGGUGGCCGAGGUCGUUCCCGAUGCGGUGCCCGCUGCUGCUCCGGAGGCCGAGGCUGUUCCCGAGGCGGUGCCUGAUGCAGUUCCCGAGGCGGUGCCCGAUGCAGUUCCCGAGGCGGUGCCCGAUGCUGUUCCCGAGGCGGUGCCCGAUGCGGUUUCCGAGGCGGUGCCCGAGGCAGUUCCCGAGGCGGUGCCCGAGGCAGUUCCCGAGGCGGUGCCCGAUGCAGUUCCCGAGGCGGUGCCCGAUGCUGUUCCCGAGGCGGUGCCCGAUGCUGUUCCCGAGGCGGUGCCCGAUGCGGUUCCCGAGGCGGUGCCCGAUGCGGUUCCCGAGGCGGUGACCGAUGCUGUUCCCGAGGCGGUGCCCGAUGCAGUUCCCGAGGCGGUGCCCGAUGCUGUUCCCGAGGCGGUGACCGAUGCUGUUCCCGAGGCGGUGCCCGAUGCAGUUCCCGAGGCGGUGCCCGAUGCAGUUCCCGAGGCGGUGCCCGAUGCAGUUCCCGAGGCGGUGCCCGAUGCUGUUCCCGAGGCGGUGCCCGAUGCUGUUCCCGAGGCGGUGCCCGAGGCUGUUCCCGAGGCGGUGCCCGAUGCUGUUCCCGAGGCGGUGCCCGAUGCUGUUCCCGAGGCGGUGCCCGAUGCUGUUCCCGAGGCGGUGCCCGAUACAGUUCCCGAGGCGGUGCCCGAUGCUGUUCCCGAGGCGGUGCCCGAUGCUGUUCCCGAGGCGGUGCCCGAUGCUGUUCCCGAGGCGGUGCCUGAGGCUGUUCCCGAGGCGGUGCCCGAUGCUGUUCCCGAGGCGGUGCCCGAUGCUGUUCCCGAGGCGGUGCCCGAUGCAGUUCCCGAGGCGGUGCCCGAUGCAGUUCCCGAGGCGGUGCCCGAUGCAGUUCCCGAGGCGGUGCCCGAUGCUGUUCCCGAGGCGGUGCCCGAUGCAGUUCCCGAGGCGGUGCCCGAUGCUGUUCCCGAGGCGGUGCUCGAUGUUGUUCCCGAGGCGGUGCCCGAUGCUGUUCCCGAGGCGGUGCCCGAUGCAGUUCCCGAGGCGGUGACCGAUGCUGUUCCCGAGGCGGUGCCCGAUGCUGUUCCCGAGGCGGUGCCCGAUGCAGUUCCCGAGGCGGUGCCCGAUGCUGUUCCCGAGGCGGUGCCCGAUGCAGUUCCCGAGGCGGUGCUCGAUGUUGUUCCCGAGGCGGUGCCCGAUGCUGUUCCCGAGGCGGUGCCCGAUGCUGUUCCCGAGGCGGUGCCCGAUGCAGUUCCCGAGGCGGUGCCCGAUGCUGUUCCCGAGGCGGUGCCCGAUGCUGUUCCCGAGGCGGUGCCCGAUGCAGUUCCCGAGGCGGUGCUCGAUGCAGUUCCCGAGGCGGUGCCCGAUGCAGUUCCCGAUGCAGUUCCCGAGGCGGUGCCCGAUGCAGUUCCCGAGGCGGUGCCCGAUGCAGUUCCCGAGGCGGUGCCCGAUGCAGUUCCCGAGGCGGUGCCCGAUGCUGUUCCCGAGGCGGUGCCCGAUGCUGCUCCCGAGGCGGUGCCCGAUGCAAUUCCCGAGGCGGUGCCCGAUGCUGUUCCCGAGGCGGUGCCCGAGGCUGUUCCAGAGGCGGUGCCCGAUACAGUUCCCGAGGCGGUGACCACAAGGCCGUGGUGGUCUUCUACUCCGCCCUGGGGGACUCUGGCGGUGACCACGAGGACGUGGUGGUCGUCCGCUCCACCCUGGGGGACUCGGGCGGUGACCACGAGGACGUGGUGGUCGUCCGCUCCGCUCUGGGGGACUCCGGCGGUGACCAUGAGGACAUGGUGGUCUUCUGCUCCGCCCUGGUGGACUCCGGCCUCGACCACAAAGACGUGGUGGUCUUCCGCUCCGCCCUGGAGGGCUUUGACUUUGACCACAAGGCCGUGGUGGUCUUCCGCUCCGCCCUGGUGGACUCCGGCCUCGACCACAAAGAUGUGGUGGUCAUCUGCUCCGUCCUGGUGGACGCCUCAACAUGCCCUUCAUGGACUUAUGUUUUGUGUUUUUUGAGUUCUGUUUCUGUCUGUUCCUUUUAGUUUAGUCUGGCCCUCCUUCCCUCCCCCUGAGCCUCCACCUGUCCGCCUCCCUCCUGGACUCCUUGUUUUGUGUUGCACCUUUCCAUUUCUCCUGGUUGCUCCUGUCCCUGUUUUCUGUCCCUCCGUCCCUCCCCCUGGUCCGCCGCCGUUCCACCUCCCUCCUGCCUCUUUUUCUGUUGGGGUUUUCCUGGGUUUAGGUGGAGCAUCUGGUAGCUGCUCCGUAGGGAGGGGGUAAUGUCACGCUGCCAGUCUUUGUUUUCCUGGGUGUUCCCUAGUGAGCUCACUUCCCCUUAGGCACUUCACCAUAGGCACUUUAAUUCCGCUAGUCUGGUUGUGUCUUCACAGUAAUUGCACUCCAAUUAGAAUCGCACAGGUGUUGACAAUACUCUGUCAUU